GCAAGCGUGGGCUUCUCGGAGAAAUUUCAGUUUAUUGACAAGUAGUGGAUUGUACGGGUGUUUUGUGAUUCGGAGCGAGUCAGUGCGGUGCCUUUACAUCCCACGUAACAAUUUAAUUUUCCACCUUUGAUUUCCCUUCUACUCUGAAGCCCGAAAUGGCUCAAGCAAAUGGGAUUGGUUCCUCCCAGCAGAACAUUCAAAAUGGAGACAAUGAUGAUCGCUGGCAAGAAGUAGAGAUACCUGUGCCCUGGGGAAUCGUAGCUGGUAAAUGGUGGGGCGCACGAGAACGACAGCCUAUCCUCUGCCUGCAUGGGUGGCAAGACAAUUGCGGGACCUUUGACCGUCUCAUUCCACUGUUGCCGGACAAAUUUUCCUAUCUUUGCAUUGACUUGCCUGGACACGGGAAAUCCUCCCACUACCCACCUGGAAUGCAAUAUUACCUUUUCUGGGACGGAAUCACGCUGAUCCGUCGCAUUGUCAAGCAUUUCAAGUGGGGCAAUAUCACCCUGAUGGGACACUCUCUGGGCGGUGCGUUGAGCUUUAUGUACGCCGCAAGUUUUCCACUGGACGUCGAUAAAUUCAUCAGCAUUGAUAUAAAUGGACCGCCGAUACGGAAUCAUAGGAAACAAGCAAUGAACACCGGCCUGGCUAUUGACCGUCUGCUGAAAUAUGAAACCUUACCGACAUCAAUGAUGCCCUGCUACGCUUACGACGAGAUGAUUGAUUUAGUUUUGGACGCAUACGAGGGCUCCGUGGACCGCCACAGUGUUAAAAUUCUUAUGAAGCGUGGCAUGGUUCCAACUCCAAAGCAUUACGAGAAGCCGGGCUUUCACUUUGUUCGUGAUUUACGGUUAAAGGUGUCGGGAUUAGCAAUGUUCACAGAAGAACAGGUUCAGUGCUAUGCAGAGCAGAUUAAAUGCAAAGUCCUAAAUAUCCGCGCGGACCCGGGGAUGACAUUGGAAAGGCCCGACGUAUACAGAAAUGUGAUAGAAACUAUGAGGCGCAACGCCAGCUUAGUUGUUUACAAGGAAGUACCUGGAACACAUCAUUUACAUUUGGUCACCCCCGAACGUGUCUCUGGGAUCAUAGGAGAGUUCCUGGACCAGUAAUGGGAGAGGCCCGGUGGGAACGUUUUCUGAGGCUGAAUUAUGAACAGACGGGGGCAAUGCUGCAGAUUAAUGUGUCGAUCGGAUCGUAACGGGAAGAACAAGUUUAUUGCUGGAAUUGGUGGCUGCUAAAAAUUAUAAAUAUCCUUUCAAUCUACAAAUUUCAAUGGUCCUACAUUGGACGUCAGACGCAUAGAUCAUAGCAGAUUGCCUCUGCCAUUCCUCCCCCAAACUAGGUUUAAAGCAAGUGAACACAUAAUGAAGGUAUUAUUUAUUUUUUUAACUACAUCAUAAGAAAUAUAUUUUUUAUAUUUAUUGUAUCGCAAGCCAAGGAAAACGUGAAUGGUGUAAAAUAUCAAUUAGCUCUGUAGGCUUUAGGAAACAUUAAAUUAAAUUACAACUUUGUGAUGUGCACAAAUUAUACACGCUAAAUAGGUCGAUAAUAUCUGUAAGAUUGGAAUUCUUUGAAAGUAAAAAGUUGAGGUACGAACAAAAUGACGACAUUGGAUGUUUAAUGGAUGAGUAAAAUGUGUUUGGUUUUGAUUUUAAAUGGCUUUGGAGCAUAAAUAAAUUAUUAUCAACUGC